AUGGACUACCAAGUGGCAUCAUCUUCAUCUAGUCACGUGCUGCUCAGCGAUGUUUCGGUCAACGACGUUUCAGUCAGCGACGGGCUGUAUGUACCACAGUGGUCCCAUGAGACUGUAAUGGAGCUGAAAGAUUCCUCUCACCUAGUGAUGGUCGAAAAUGUCCGCUUGCUAGAUCGAAUAUCUUCCAAAAAGGCAGCCCUAGGAACUUUGUAUUUGACGGCUACUCAUGUCAUAUUCGUGGAAAAUGCACCUGACACAAGAAAGGAAACAUGGAUUCUUCACAGCCAGAUUUCCACCAUUGAAAAACAGGCAACAACUGCUACUGGAUGCCACCUGCUCAUUCGUUGCAAGAACUUCCAGCUCUUACAGCUCAUCAUCCCCCAGGAGAGAGACUGCCAUGACGUGUACAUCUCUCUGAUACGCCUCACGAGGCCAGGCAGCUGGUUGGAGCGUUUUCCUCUUGCUGUGUUGAAAAGAACUGCAGAGUUAGCCAGGAAAGCGGUUGAACUUUUGGGAGGCGGCACUAUAAUUGGAACAGAGACACAGGCCGAGCUGUACAAGAAAGAAGAAAAGGCGGGGGGUGCACCAGGGAACACACCCUCCCCCGUCCAAAUGGCCUGUAAUGAGGGGAAGAUCAUUGUGCAUCACUCACAGGUGAUAAUGUUUGGGGUUAGAUCGGGGCAGGGAACUGCGAGAGGCAGUUUAUCCAUAGAAUGUGUAUCCGUAGAACGCUUCUUCCCAGCUCAGAAAAUGUUCCCCAUGUUGACACAUGUAUGUUGUCAGGAACAAGCUCAGCAUGCGUGUCUGAAACUACACAGCUCAGUACAGUGUUCCCGUGAUGUAAACCCUGUCCUGUCUCCGCACCUCAUUGUGAAUGUUGCCCGGGAGAGCCAUGACACGCUCUGGCGGUUCCUGUCCUGGGUAUUACGGGUGACUGUUCUGUGUUGCCGACCGCUGCAGCUUAACGCCAUGGCAAACCGCGCUGCCGGGAAAGGCUACGAGAAUGAAGACAAUUAUUCCAACAUCAAGUUCCAGUUCAUCGGGAUAGAGAACAUCCACGUCAUGAGGAACAGUCUGCAGAAGAUGCUGGAAGUGUGUGAGCUGAAGUCUCCCUCCAUGAGCGACUUUCUGUGGGGACUGGAGAACUCUGGCUGGUUAAGGCACAUCAAGGCCAUCAUGGACGCAGGCACUUUCAUUGCCAAGGCAGUUGCAGAGGAAGGGGCGAGUGUGCUCGUGCACUGCUCCGACGGCUGGGACAGGACCGCGCAGGUGUGCUCCGUGGCCAGCCUCCUGCUGGACCCGCACUACCGGACCCUGAAGGGCUUCAUGGUAUUAAUUGAAAAGGACUGGAUCUCCUUUGGCCAUAAGUUUAAUCACAGAUAUGGCAAUCUAGACGGUGAUCCAAAAGAAAUCUCUCCAGUUAUUGACCAGUUUAUCGACGAGUGUGUCUGGCAGUUAAUGGAACAAUUUCCCUGUGCGUUUGAGUUCAAUGAGCGGUUUCUGAUUCACAUUCAACAUCACAUAUAUUCCUGCCAGUUUGGAAACUUCCUAUGUAACAGUCAAAAGGAGAGACGAGAACUCAAAAUUCAAGAAAGAACAUAUUCUUUAUGGGCUCACCUGUGGAAGAAUCGGGCCGACUACAUGAAUCCUCUCUUUAGAGCUGAUCACAGUCAGACCCAGGGAAUCCUUCGUCUCCCCACAACGCCAUGCAACUUCAUGUACAAGUUCUGGAGUGGCAUGUACAACCGCUUUGAGAAGGGGCUGCAGCCCCGACAGUCGGUCACCGACUACCUCAUGGCAGUGAAGGAGGAAACGCAGCAGCUGGAGGAAGAACUGGAGGCCCUAGAAGAGAGGCUGGAAAAAAUCCAAAAAGUCCAGUUAAAUUGCUCCAAAGUGAAGAGCAAGCCAGCUGAGCCCAGCAAACACCCGGGGUUCUCCACCUCAGACAACAGCGCGGCCAACACUCCCCAGGACUACAGUGGGAACAUGAAGUCAUUCCCAUCCAGGAGCCCCUCCCAAGGCGACGAAGACUCCGCUCUGAUCCUAACCCAGGACAACUUGAAAAGCUCAGACCCAGACCUGUCAGCCAACAGCGACCAGGAGUCUGGCGUGGAGGAUCUAAGCUGCCGCUCUCCAAGUGGAGGGGAGUGUGCGCCCAGCGAGGACAGCGCCAAGGACCGGGACUCUGACGAGGCCGUGUUUCUAAUGGCCUGAAGCUUCCCUCAAGCUCCAACAUAAAGGACAUGCAAGAAACACCUUCCAAAAUAAGGGAACAGUGCAAUUUAAGAUAAAAAGUAACUCAAGAAAUGGUACGUGUAAUCGAUAAUUAUAAAAUAUAGCAAUGGAAAGGGGUGGCGGAGUCCAACUCUUAGUUUCCUUAGGUGUUGAAGAACAGGAAGUAUACAUUUUUUUUGUCAAAUAAAUAUUAAGGGUAUUAUCCCAUUUCGAAAAUUA